CGACAACUACAGUACUCAAUGGCCCUCCCUGAACCACCGCACCACAACCAAGUCCCUCUGCGCAGCGCCCUCAAGAACCGCGACCGUGACUCAUCGCGAGCAGGCUCGCCUGCUCGAUCGUACCAAUCGCUGCCAGCAGAAACCCAGCAGACGCUCUCGACGUCGCCGCGCAACAGUCUAAGCGUCGAAGAUAGUUUCCAACCCAGGGCUCACUCGCCUUCUCUUUUGUCUCAAGUUCCUCUACCACCCAGUCCGAAUGCACCGGCACCCAUCUCAUUACCACCAACUCCGUUGAGAACGCCCAAUGCAACGUUGCCACCGUUGACCCCUACCGAAAGCCAAGCAGGUGGCGUGCCACCCCAGCUGGGCGAUAACACCCUUCACGCUCCUAACCUCCUGACUCCGACGUCUUCGACAUGUCCUUCUCCACUACCAACCGGGACGACGAUUGGACCCACCCCAUACACCCCUAAAGUUAGCUUUGAUACGUUUGAGAACCCUCAGGCCUCGAUGUUCUCUUUCACUUUACAAACAAAGUCGUCGGGGUACAAGAGGACAAGAACCACCCGGGUUUAUCUCUGUGCGGCUGGCCCCGACGAAUCAGGCCAGAAGGCUUUGGAUUGGGCGUUGGAAAGCUUGGUUCAGGAUGGGGAUGAGCUGAUUGUGUUCAGAGGCGUUGAUGAGGAAGUCAUGGAAAAGGACCAUAACAUCCUGAGGGAGGAGGCGAGACAACUCAUGCGAUCUGUGAAGGAGAAGAGUGCUGAAGCCGACCCCGACCGCAAACUAUCCUUAAUCCUGGAGUAUAUCCCUGGAAAGAUCACGGACUCAAUCGAUCGUCUGAUUGCAUUGUAUCGUCCCGAUUCUUUGGUCGUCGGUACUCGCGGCAAGCGGGGCAUAAUGAGCGUCGGGUUCGGAGGUAUUGGCAGUAUCAGCAAGUACUGCCUAUCACACUCCCCUGUCCCAGUCAUUGUCGUCAGGCCAGAGAGGAAGUUGAAAAAGGCGGCUGAGAAGAGGAAAGCAGACCCUAAACGAGGAAGACAUUUCGAGACAUGACAUUGACCGUGAACGUUCAAACGCCGAAAGAGGGAAUAGGGAAUCAGAAGCGAAUUCGAAGCGGACUAUGGACUAUCCUUAUUUGUGUACAACCCUUUUCUUGGGGUGGUGUCCCUGAGCAAUAAUAGACGACGG